AUGACUUUAGGAGGCCACCCAAUCCACCUCCCCUCUCAUAAUCACUCCUCAGACGCGCCCUCCGACGGCGGUACACCCCGACGCUCACGCGAGCAUGGCCACCGCCAGUCACACGAAGUUGACGUCGAGGCACACGCUGCCGAUGCUACAGCAUCCACUCGAGGCAAUGGCAAUGGAUCAACUUUACAUGUACGAAUUCAAGAAAAUCCUGAGCACCUCGAACCUCAUGAGCACCACCAUCCAAAUGGAAGCGGAGAAUUCAAUCACCACGGAACCAUCCAUCGCAGUGACACGGCUUUCUCCAAAUCUAGUGUAAAAUCACUCCGCAGACGAGGCCGCGCAGAUACCAUGGUGUAUGCACCGGCGGAAAUGGGAAGGACAUCGGGUUGGGCCCCGGGACAAGAGCCAGGAAUUGACACAAGCGAUCCUCCCCCAUACAGCAAGGAAAAUAGCAAUCCUCCACUGGACUCGGUCCACUACGAGCAGCUCAGCCAGAGGUGUGAGAUCACAGUGGUCGAUUAUGGCAACGAUGGUAUGACGACCAUUGAUCUGGAUAACGACAAUCUCGCCGACUUUAUGCAACGCCCGUUAGAGGAUUGGGCUGACGUGAGGUGGAUCAAUGUCAAUGGCCUAUCCUGGGAUGUCAUCAGAAUCCUGGGGAACUGCAAGAAACUCCAUCGGUUGGCAAUCGAAGAUUUGAUGCACACCAGCAAUCGCACCAAGGUCGACUGGUAUAACGAUCAUACUUAUAUGGUCUUACCCCUGCAGAAAUUGGUCCACCUCGGAGAGCAUGAAUCUGACUAUGAGAGGGACGAUGAUGCCGGAACAAACUCUGGCUCCGAAUCGGGAGGUGAUGGAGAUUCUGUGUUCAGGUCUCGUAUAAUGAAUGAGCGCCAGAGACGCAGACGAGAGCAAAAAAGACGUGGGGCAAUCUUGUCUCUAUGGGACGAUAUCUUUCAUCAAGAAAAAACGCAAAAGAGGCAGCUCGAGAAAACCCAUACUUCCAACCGCCUCCAGCCUUCGAAUAGUUUCAAAGGUUCCAACAAGGUCGAUAUACCAUGGGUACCAAAAAAGAAGCGUUCUAUGCAACGAUACCAUGCAGGCCCUAAUCUUGAUCGGAUCGAGUAUAUGGAGAAAAAUGCCGUACUGGCUCGCAAGGAUGUCGGUGUCUCCAUGGAACAGGUUUCGAUCUUUCUCUGUGGUGAUAACACGGUUAUAUCGAUUUUUGAAGAGUCGGCACACGAUGUUCAAGCGCCCAUAAUACACCGUCUACAAUCCUCAGGCACGAUCCUGCGCCAAUCCGCCGAUGCAUCGAUGCUGGUCCAGGCCAUUCUUGACGCCAUAAUUGACCUUGCCAUUCCGGUGACGACUGCAUAUCAAGAUGCCAUUGGAGACUUGGAGCUUACGGUCUUAACGGACCCCGAUAUCCAUCAAUCUAGCACAUUGUAUAUUUUGACCUCAGAGAUUGCGAUUCUUCGCGGUGCUAUCGCCCCUAUCGUACAAAUGAUCGGCGCUCUUAAAGAACAUAAAUCCGACGCCGAGUCUACGGGCAUCAAUCCAAGUCGAGUCACGAGCCCAUCAGUCCAGGAACUCAAGAACAACCCAAUCAAAGACGGACAACGCCCACAACCGAACAUGCGGAAAUCCUCCGUCAUGGUCAAUCGAGUACACAUCUCUCCCAUGACGGUCACAUAUCUAGGUGAUGUUGAAGACCAUGCCCUUCUCAUCCAAGACAGUUACGACCAGAUGCGACGGUCUGCAGACAACCUAGUAGAUCUAAUCUUCAACACCAUAGGAGCGAACCAGAACGACAGCAUGAAGCAACUCACCAUCGUGACCUGUCUUUUCCUCCCCCUCAGCUUUUUGACCGGUUACUUCGGCAUGAAUUUCGAGCGAUUCAAUGGCGUACAGCAUCACAGCGAUUCGUUUUUCUGGGUCAUUGCAGCCCCGGUCUCCGUCGUGGUCUUCCUGUUGCUGAUGCGUGAUGUCUGGGGUCGGAGGUUUACCAAGUGGGCGAACAGGAAACUUCUACAGCGAAAGAGAAAGCGGCGCUUGCGUGGGAAGCAAAACUGA